ACCCUCCUUUUCAAUUUCUUCCUCACCAAGCCAAAAAUCUUGACUUUCUUCCACUUAAAAAAUAAAAAAUACCAACCCAAAAUAAUUAAAUAACAGACAAUCCCACAUUUUAGGAAAUCAAAUAUUUUUCAUUCAAAAAUCAGAUAUCUAGGAGAGAAGAAACAGUGGAAGUGAUGAAACAAGAAUCAAUUGUGCCAAAUUUGGAAUUAGAUCAAUUGAAAGUUUUUGGCCCAGUUGGAAGAGGAGCAAAAGGCGUAGUUUUUCACAUUAAAAUUGAUGGUUUAGACGAAGAUUUGGCGUUAAAAGUGGUUUUGAAAUCUGCCAUUAAAAGCAAAAGGGAGAAUCAGAGUAAUGGGGUUGAAGUGCAAAACAGAAUAUUUUUUGAACAACAAGUUUUAAGGGAAUUUGAUCACCCACUUUUGCCUAAACUUAAAGGGAUUCUUGAAACAGAGAAUGUUUUUGGGUAUACAAUUGAUUAUUGCACAGGUGGUAAUCUUAAUUUAUUGAGGAAGGAACAAGUUGAAAAGAUGUUCUCUGAUGAUAUUAUCAGGUUUUAUGGGGCUGAGAUGGUUUUGGCAUUGGAGUAUUUGCAUGAAAAAGGAAUAGUUUAUAGAGAUUUAAAGCCAGAAAAUAUGUUAAUUCAAGAAAAUGGGCAUUUAAUGCUAGUGGAUUUUGAUCUCUCAACCAAACUUGUUCCGAAAUCGCCGAAGCAGCCGCGUUACGACUCAUUGAAGAAGCCUGAACUAGAAAGGAAAAGAUCUCGGUUAUCCAAAUUAUAUUCCUUUUAUAAAUGUAGUAAAUCUGGGAUUUCACCGGAAGAUUCGGUGUAUUCGAGUAAAACAGGGGACGAGUCCGGCAACUCGUCCGAGUCAGACUCGGUCGGGAAGUCCAACUCGUUUGUUGGGACUGAGGAAUACGUGGCGCCAGAGAUCAUUCAAGGGAAUGGUCACGAUUUCGCCGUAGAUUGGUGGAGCUUUGGUGUCGUUUUGCAUGAAAUGUUGUACGGAACGACACCGUUUAGAGGGGCAAAUAGGAAAGAAACUUUUUACAGAAUAUUGUCAAAGUCACCUGAGUUGGUUGGUGAAACGACGCCGUUGAGAGAUUUGAUUAGGAAAUUACUUGAGAAAGAUCCAAAGCAGAGGAUAUCAUUAGAGGGAAUCAAGGGCCACGAUUUUUUCAAGGGGGUAGAUUGGGAUAUGAUCAUACGGCUAGAAAGGCCCCCUUUUAUUCCUCUAGAGAAAGAGGUGAAAGAGGAGGGUAUAGAUGGAGUAAAAGCAAUUGAUGUGGAAUCUGUUGUUUAUAGAAUAUUUAAAAAAGAAGAUGUGCCUGAACAUAUUAGUGAAAGUAAUAAGAAAUCUGAGAGAAAUGAAAAUUGUAAGAAUAGUAGUAGUAAAAUGCAUGAAGAAAGGAUAAAAAAAGUUGUGUGGGUUGAAGGAUUAGAACAACCUUCUAUGUUAGGUACUUUGGACUCCUUUUUAAAGACAUGAUGAUUAAGGCACUUGUAUUACCAUCAAAACGAUAUAUCAUGUGCUCAAAACGGAUUGGAAUUGAAGAAGAUACAAAGGACUUCAUGCACUUGUGUGAAAUAUGACACCUCUGCACCAUUAUAUCCAUAACUUUUGAUAAAAAAAAUGAUAAUAAAGUGAUUCCAAUUGGGUUGGAAACUAGACUUGAAUAGCUUUCCAACGAUAUAUUACAUGUACAAAACAAAGCUCUGGAACAAAAGUUAUACCUGUUCAAAGUUCAGCAAAAACCUCUGUUUCGCUUGCACACCUGUGCGGAUUUAUGCACGCAUGUGCGGAUUUAUGCACGCCUGUGCGACCUGCAAUGAAAAGGCACGAAAGCUUCUGCCCUGCACGCACGACCGAGCGAGAUUCCGCUCAAUCGUGCAUGAACUUGCACGCCCGUGCAACCUGCUGUAGUGUCGUAUUUUUCGUGUGACCUAACUUAUGUCGGUUCAUAUUAUUCUUAGCUUAUAAAUAGUACUUUAAACUUUAUUUUGAGGGGGAGUCUAUUGUAAACACUUU